CACGGUCUGGACAACAAAUCCUGCGAAACACGCAGAUGCCGCGACGACUUGAGCGGAACCGUAAGUGCCAACAAUGCAGAUCGAGAAGAAUCAAAUGCAACGGAAGUCGACCUACGUGCGCACCCUGCCAACGAAGUUCUCGAGACUGUCGGUGGAUUGACGACAUACCAACAGAACUCCCGCCCAUCACCCACGCACCCCAGUCUAGUCCUUCGUUUCCAGCUCCUUGCCGCCAAAACGAAUACACCCCCACACACAACCCCGAGCAAGCCCUGUGGGAUCCUCAGAUCGCGAAGAUAUUUCGCCACUACAUAGAAGGGCUCGCCGGCUGGUAUGACCUGAACGACAGCAGGCGCCAUUUCAAGGAUGUAGUGCCUGUCCGGGCUCGACAUAAUCCGCUCUUGCUAAGCGCUAUUCUGGCUUUUGCUGCAGCUCACCAACACCGUGUAUUGGCAGAAGACAGCUAUCUAGAUGUCGCCGAGUUUUACCAUUAUGAUAGUGUCCGGCGACUGAUAUCACUCACUCGAAAUGUGGAUGAGAUGCCAAUUGGCGAAACACUGGCUGCAAUCUGCCUCCUCCGCUCUUACGAAAUAAUAACGCAGAACGUCAGCUCCCAGAGUCACCUACAAGGAUGUUAUUCCCUCCUAGCCAGUCGGCACGUCCAGCUCACCUCAGACUUACUUAGCUCAGGGUUCUGGAACUAUCUGCGAGAGGAUAUUACUGUGUCCCUUAUAGAACAGCGAAGUCUCAUGAUCUCGCUGUCUCAACAUGCUCCCCCGGAAUCUGCAGACGACGCGGACUUUGCUAAUAACGUCACAUUCCUCCUUGGAAGAAUAAUCAACCGGUGCCUAUCAAUAAAUUCUCCGGCUCUUAGCCUCCCAGAAUGGAAAAGUAUGAAGUCUGAGCUAGAUAGUUGGAAAGCCUCACUUCCCUCAUCUUUUGAUCCAAUACAAACCCCUGGAUUGGGAAAGCAAGGCAACUUCCCAUCCAUUUGGGCUCUCCGAGGCUGGCAUGUGUCGAGUCUCCAUUACUAUCACACCGCCAUGAGUAUCCUCUGGCUGGCAGAGCCAUUACCACAGCCACUCAAUACCUUACAACGACUGAACAACAUGAACUCUCUCCGUCAGAAAUUAGAUCACCAUGCAACUGAAGUGUGUGCUUUGGCCCUUACAAGCGAUUCGGCGCCGGUAUGGGUUAACGCUUUUGGUCCCAUAGCUUUCUGCGGCCCUUGGCUUCAGGACAUUCAAAAACGCAACGAGAUUACAGAGGAGGUGAAGCGGUGGGGAGCAUUAAGUGGGUGGCCAGUUUCCACUAUAAUAGAAGCACUCUCCUCGCCUGCAGAUGUUGAGCGAUGAAGGGGAUUUAAAUAGCUGUAUGUAGCCAUAGGGUGAAUCGGGAUGAAAAGAAUCGGCGUUGAAACGGUCAGGAUAUCGGCUGGUUCUAAAUCGACUUUAUUCCGAGAGCAUAAUAAUAUCUGCUAGUAAUAUUAUGCUAUCACAAGGCCAUGGGCAGUCCAGUCUGCGGAAACAUUGUUUGACCUUGAAUGGCUCGCUGUUCAGUCGCCCACAUGAAGUGGAGAAAGGCGAAAGGCGAAAGGCGAAAGGCGAGAUGGGAAAGGCGGGAUCUUUCCAUAUGCGAACUGACUUUAUCUGCUCCCUUCCAAUGAAAUUGCUCCUAUAAUAAUUAGUGGAGUGCUCUAUCCAC